AUGUUGGCCCGGGGACGGUUUUUGAACUCCUUGAGGUUGACGGCAAGCUGCUCCCGCACCUCGACGUCUUCUUCGAAAGCUUCGCCAGCAGUUGUAGUCGAUACUGCCAAGGUCUGACCUACAGAUAAACUGUUCGAAGAAGUAGACUUUCAGAAAACGACAGAAGUUUUCGAUCAGAUCGCCGAGAAUCUCAGCGAUCCGCGGCAAAAGCUCUUUGCUGUCGUUUAUGUGAAUGGAAGGCAAUGGAAGGUUUGACUUUUGAAGAUUUAAGAGUGGAAACAAUUGAGUUUCUCUAUGAGAGAAACUUUGGAAGUGACUGUUUCGAAAAAAAAAGCGCCUCAACGUUAAUCGGAGCCAUAAAUAAAGCCGGACCCGCUCCGGACGUUUCUGAGCGAUUCUAGGGAUCAGUUAAGAGUGCUGACGCUACUGUAGUGAUCACUGGAAGUCCCCCAACACGUUCGGUUCGCGUUUCCAAUUUUUGAGUGAGAAAGUUCGUGGAAAUAACCAAUCAAAACUAUUCUUCAAAUUCUCGCAUGGAAUAUAGAUACUCCAUUCGCGACUUGAAAACAAUUUCUAUAUUUUUUUUUUCGUCAAAUUAUUUUUAAUUAUUCAGCGAAAGAACCUCAAAAAGUUUUUGAUUUUUUUUCUGCGUUAGCAACAUAAAUGUUUGACAACACUUCCUGGUCUUCUGUGGUGGAACCGUUUCUCGUUGAUUUGAAAUUGUGUCAUCUUUUUUUUUCAACGAAUAAGGUCAGAAAAUUGUGGGUCCUGACGCGAUGGUCGACGAAACACGUUUCUGGCACCUUUAAAGACUUCAGCAAACGGUUUUUUAGUUUCUAAGAAACUUUUCUUUCUUUUAAAAGACGAGAAACGAACUAUUUGAAAUUCAUUUUAAGACGGCAUAUUUUUGACCUCUAGUUUUUAUACUCCUAAUCAUUUUUUGUCAGGUGAUGGCCAUUUUUAGAUAAAAGUUUUAUGGCUAGUUUUUCCGCUAUCGAUAAAGUCCCAAUUUUCACAGGUAACAGACGGCGACCUGAUAAGUUUGGAGGGGAAUUUGCCAUUGGCGAUAGGCGACGAAAUAAAUUUGGAGAAGGUGCUGCCGAAUGACGUUUCCGACAAACGUCUCAGGUUACAGGUGCUGAUGGUGGGCGGAGCCAAUUUCUCCAUAUUCGGAAGGCCGUUGCUCGCCGAGAAAGCGGCGAAAGUCGAAGCGGUGGUCGUGGAAAAGAGCACGAAAUGUCCAGAGAUCGACUACACCCAUUACAAUCACAAUCAGACGAAAAUCGUGAAUUGUUUGAUCAACCGGUCAAGCCGAAAAUCUCGUUUUUCGCGUUGCAGGGCGCAGCGAAGAGACGACCGUUCUGCGGAUUCGUCGAGUCUCCGCCAAUCAGGAGUUCGCCUGA